UCAGAGUUUUCUGUGCUUCUAUCUGUUUAGGAGACCAAGCUAUGGCGAGACUUUUGAUCACGGCCUUCAUCUUUAUUACUCUAGCUGAGAGUGUAAGGAACAUUCCAGUGAGCACACUUUAUUCGGUCCAUCCUCGCUGUGCAAAGGCCUGCUCCGAAAUGUUGAUGGAAAGAUAUCCCUCCCAGAAUCUAUGUUGUUUUUAUGCACGUUGGGAAAACUGUGUGAGAACGUAUACCACAUGUGACCGAGAUGAGGACAUGUUACUUUGGAUUGACGAAGGCUGUAAGAUGUGCAAAACCACACGGGUUAAAUGGAACAAACGAAGAAGGAGUUACUCAAAGAGUAGCAAAUGGACCGACCUACAUAAUUAUACGUCAGGCAAGCACAAUAAAGGACUUAAGUUCUGACA